AUGGUGCAUUCAGCCAAAGACAGCGAAACGAGGAUCUUGUACAGUUGGGGCAGGUUGGGUUUUGUCGAGUCGUCGCACAUUGAGUACGGUACCACAGGAACAUUGUACGUGAUCGUUGACAAAACUUGCCAGAUUGAACGGGACAGACUGUUUUUGGCUCAGACCGUCGAGGACUUUGCCGAACUCAAUGCUGUUGAUGAUUCCGGGGUGGAAAGUGUAAGUGUCUUCAAACUCGAGGUUGUCACCGUCCAUAACGAUGAACGGCUCGUCGUUGUACGAGUUUCUGAUGGUGUAGUCUCUGAUGAGCUCUUUCUUUUUCUGGGAGAACAGGUACUGCCAUAUAAGCACCACACAGACAUAAGUUAG